AUGGAUGAGAAGGGCUGGCCAUCACAUGAUUUAGAGAUUCAAGACAAAUAUGGUCUGGAUAUCUCGAUACACAUUGACGAUGUAGAGGUAUUUCCCUCUGCGAGCGAGCCAAAAUGUGCGAGCGAUGCCGGCGUGUAUUCAGGCAGUGGAGCACUUCUAGUUAAUAUGGAGCCCGGAUGGUAUCUUCGCGGUGGUUAUGGAUUUGCCCUAGAAUUGGGUCAGGCUCAUUUGCGAGGUGACGGCCUAGGCGUUUGCGGUUAUCCAAAACUGGGAACGCUUUCUAGAAGUACCGGAGGGUGCCUUAGUUGUCAGGAUGGCUGCAUGACAUACAGCGCCACAGCAAUGUCAGGGAUGAGUGGAUCGCCUGUAUUCUUAUCGCAUAAUGGACAUGCCCCUUCCGUCGGCAUUCAUAUCGACUCAUGUGACAUAGGCGGAUGGUGCGUGCGCCUUACUGUCGAGGUUCUGGAGGAAAUACUUGGCUGGGCUAACACCAUUUACACAAACAAAUUCAUAAGAAUAUUUUCAACAUGGAGGCUUCCCCGAGAAGGUGUUUAUCUCCACUUCCCAGCAGAUGGCGAACACGCUAUUGCAGCAAUAGGUGAACAGGUCCCACCGACUAUGUUUGAUAUUCUUCCCUUGUAUGCGCCAAGCGGAACCGGUUGCAGUGCGCUCUAUGUGUUUCGCUUUCGAGCACCUCCAACGUGGCCACGUCCAAGCCAUAAAUGGGUGCAGUGGGAUAUUGCAACGGAUACUGUCAGUCUGGCAAGUUCUCUGCAGGAGCCCUGUUCAGUGAAGUUAUACUCAAUCCUAGAAAGGGGACCGGAUGUCUUUCGAGUCUUCGUUAAGGAGAGUGAGCUCGUAAUGGAUGUCUCACAGGAUUAUCAGCAGAACCGCAGGAUGUACUCUGCAAGGAUCUGGUUUACUACUGAGCCAAAACUGUUCUCACAUCUCACUUAUUUCACUCUUGAAUCGGGACCUGCGAACUAG